UGCUGUGAUAUACUUAUGUCAAGUUGUUUAUUACAAGUAUUUAGUCUCCGUGAACCACUGCAAAUUGUGAUAUGGUAUCUAGGAAAAUGCAAAAAAAUUUUUAAAAUAUUACGUCCUCUCACUGAGCGUCAGUUUUUUUACUAUGAGCAUAAUAUCGUCAGAUGGAUAUCUCAAAUUUUCUUUUAUGACCUCUGAAAAACUGCUAUAAAAUCCUUGUUUAAAAUGCAAAUUCGUUUUUUAAGUAAUAUACGCUACUGCAGAGGGUUCUGAGUGUACUGAUUAUAUAUAUUCUUUAUGCUAUAGAUAUCAACAUGAUGUUCUUAGUGCUGACGUGGGCGAACUAAGGCGUAUGGGCCAAAACCGGCUCAUUGGGUAAUUGAAUUUGGCCCGCCUGAUGCUGCCACAACCAACUAGAACCAAAUUUUAAUGUUUCAGUUAAAAAUAGCUCAAGGAAUUUGUUGAGAUUGCGUUAAAUUUAGUUUGGGCACGAGGCUUAUUGUUUCUUAUCGAUUUUAAUUGCUAUCUUUCACAAGAUGUCUCAAUUCAGAAAUAGAGGGAGGGGUGGUUUUUCGGGGGGACGAAACCGAGGAGGAAAAAUCAGAGGCGGCAACACAGGUCGUCCUGGUCUCCUUGGUGCUGCCCCAGGCAUACCUGGGUUAUUGGAUUCUGUGACCUCUCAUGGCAGCCAGCAAAGCUACUCUCAAUAUGAGCAACCGUCUAUCUAUGAGCAGGAACUCAGUGCUUAUUCAGGUCAUGAUAAAAAGCCUGGACUUCUUGGCAAUGCUCCGAUAAAAGAAUCCACUAGCUGGUCCAGAGAGCAGAAAAACAUAGAAUACGAGCAACGUCAAUCUUACUCUGAUUCACACGAAUCAGAAUUUUCUUCUUACAAUCAACGACAACGCUCAGAAGAACGUAAACAGAUUAUUAAACAAGAGAGCCGUAGUUCUGAACGGUUGACGCCCGAGGUCAGGCGUAUUAUGACCACACUUGGCCUCACUAAAGGCGAUAUGGAGCUGUUAAGUCGCUUACCCGAUGACGAACUCUCAACAAGUAAUUUAGCCAAUCUUAUUCAAAGCAUCCAAAAUAAAAAAUCACGUCCCACAACACAAGAACAAAAACAUGAUCUUCGACAAGUUAUACAUCGUGCGUCUUCACAUGAUAAUGUUCAACAUUCUUUUAAAUCUGAGUAUCGAGCUUCGAGUCCUGAUGACCUCUAUGACCCUUCUGAGCCAACUGAGGAUGUCUUCCCUCAUCGUGGCCAAUCAGGUCCAUAUAUGAAGCGAGAGAGAUCACCUGAUGCUUUUUCAAGCUUUGAACAGAAAUGGUAUUCUGACCCUGUCAAGAAACAGAAUGAACAUUCCGAAAGUCAGGCAGGGAGUUCAAUUCUCCGAGGAUCUCGAGGUCCUGCAUCCAAGUCCACAUCUCGAUGGGAAAAAGAAGAACAUGUACAUUUACAGCGCCGCUCUUUAUCCCCACCUAGAAGAAUGUCCCCGCCUUUACAGCGUCGUGCAUCACCAAUCAUGCCCCGUCGGCCAUCUCUAUCUCCCAGAAGAGUGUCGCCACCCCCUCUUAUGUCACUGACUCGGCGCAUGAGCCCUCCCGCAAGAAGAUUGUCGUCUUCGUUGAGAGGAAUGUCACCCCAGAGAUUAAUCCCAGGACUGAGAAGUGGACUAUUAGGUGAUCCACUUGACCCUUCUACAAAGCAGUUGGAUUAUCUUGCUUCAAGUCUAGGUGGAACUAGAGAGCCACAAAGUUUACAACGAAGAUCCCCAGAAAGACAUUUCUCUGAACCACAGCGUUUUCUGGAACCACUUCAACGUGGACGUUCGCCGCCACAACCGAUGGUCCACACAAAUUCACAAAAACAAGGGAAAUCCAUCUUUGCAGCUCAGAUGCAUGCAGUAAGGGAACUUCAAUCAAAUAGUAGCAAAGGUGCUCGUAAAUUCUCUCAAGGAGGCCGAGGUGGCAAGGAAACGAAGAGUGUGAUAUCACCGAGUACAAGGGAGGAAGCUCAAGAGGAGGCUGCCCAAAUGCGAGCACGACAAGGCCGAGUUCUGUAUCUUCGUUACCAGGCUGGUAGAAAAGGAUUAAUAGUGGAGGAAGACAUCAUAAAGCUUGCACAACCUUUUGAAAAAGUGACGAAUAUUCUGCUGGUUAUGCCCAAGGCUGUGUCAACAGGGUGGUUUCAGGCAUUUGUAGAACUGGCAGAAUAUGAUGGGGCGGCAGCAAUGUUGGAGCAUUACAUGUUACGACCUCCCACUGUGAAGAAGGUACAACUCCAAGUACAGAAGUCAAAUCAUCAGACUCUGAAGCUUAGGGAACAUCAAAUGAACCGAGAUUUCAGCAGUAUGAUGAAGGGGCCUAACAGGAGAAGAAGACCAAGAUCAAUCUCAUCUGAUAGAAGCAACAACUCUUUUGACAAAUCAAAGAAAUCAAAACCGGUUUCAGGGUCAAAGUUCAGCAAUAAGAAUGAAAAGAAGACUGACACCGCUAAGAAGAUCCAGCCAAUUAAAAAGAAAACCAAGAAAACUCCUGUGGAAUCCGAAUCAAAUGAGGAACCGAAUACUAAUGGAACUUCAAGUAAAGAUGAGAAAGAAAAAGAAGAUUCUGAUAGUAAUAAAACAGUUUCCAAAGACAAGAAACCGGAAUCAGCAACAGAAAGCAGUGAAGCCCCAUCAGAAAGUUUUCGGCGUGUGGAUGAAGUUAUUGAAAAGAUGGAUCAGGAUGUUAUUGUGGAAGUUGACGAAGUUGCUACUUUGGAAGAAGACAAGAAAUUAAAGGAAGCGUUAGAAGAAAAAGAGAGGGCUAAGAAAGCAGCUGAUCUUGAAAGAUUGAAAAUAAUUCAGGAAAAUAUUGAGCAGUCAUCAACCAUGUUAGAAGAAGUUAUGAAAGAAAUAAAAGAGGAAUCUCACAAGGAAAUCAUAUCAGAAUCUCUUGAGUAUUUGGCAGAUUCUCUAGCGCAGUUGAAAGAAGUUGAUGGCUGGCAAGAAUGAAUUUUAUUCUGUCCGUAAUGCUUGACUGAACAAAUUGACAGAAUGUUACCAGGAAUCUGUGCCACUGUUUAUUACAGUAUUUGUUCUGUCAUUUACGCUUGACUCAACAGAAAUAGUAGUUUAAUGUUAUAUUGGUGCAAUUAUUCUGUCCGUCAUGCUUGACAUCAUAAAUAACAUGGAGACUGGCAGAAUAAGCUUGUGGCUAGUUUCAUUAUAGUAGUUCUGUCAGUCACGGUUGACUGAGCAAAUCAGCAUAAUGCUGGUGUUGAGAUUUAUGACUUGUGAUGUAGUUUCAUUAUUUCAAUUAUUCAGUCAGUCUAGCAUGACUAAGCAAUUAAGGUUUAUUUCGACUUCAUACUCAACAUAACAGGCGAUAAAAUGACUGAUGAAAACUGAUUCAGAAAUAAACCGUGAUGUCGAAUGUCCCAGAUAAAGCUGUUAUCUGCUGGCACUUAUUACCGAUCUUCUAAGCAGACGGUCAUAUAUGACCGAUUUAUAUGAAUGUGUCAUUAAAUAGUCAUUAUAACAUGGACGGGAUGUAUAAAACCUUAUCGACCUAGUCCAGGGCUAUGAAAACGUUUUUGGGCUAUAUAACCACUUCAAACAUCUCGCUAGUCCACAGAGAAGAAUAAUUUUCUGUGUGUACAUCGAAUUAAAAGAUUAUAGAGAUAACCAGAAGCCGCGGGAAAGGAAGGAUGAGAGAAAGAGGCUAUCGCUUACCCGUGUGCGCCUUUUCAAACAUAAACUGUCUGAUUUGGAUUUUAUGUGCAAUGGGGAACAAUCUGAGUGUUUACAAGGGCCACAAUAAAUGGGUUGUGGCCCGCGGGCCCUCUGUUACACACCCCAGGUCUAACCUGUGCGACGAAUAUAUAUUUCAAUUCUUUUAUAUGCAUUUUAAAAUACACAAAAACUUGUUUUAA